AUGUUGUGCAGACUCAACCACACGCCGAGGCCUCACUGCGGCCAUAGUUUCUCGUUCUCAACCAGAGGGUUUGCGACGUCCAGGUGUCUGCUUCUCCGCACCACGGAGCUCGACGGUCCCAAACUGAGCGGUUUGAAGGUCAACUCUGCCCGUCUCUGGGACACGAUCCACUCCACAGCACAAUGGACCUCGGCCACGAAACCGAAGACAGGCGAUAUCAAGACUGAGGGCCUUUCGCGCCUGGCGCUCGGUGACGAGGACAAGUGCGCCCGUGACUGGUUCAUCGCCACCACCCAGUCCCUGGGAUGCAAGACCCACGUCGAUCAGAUGGGGAACAUCUUCGCCAUCAGACCGGGCCUGUCGUCGUCGUCCCGGUCUGCCAACAGGCCCGGCGCCCCCGCGACGUUCGCGGGCAGCCACUUGGACAGCCAACCGAGCGGUGGCCGCUUCGACGGCGUUUUAGGUGUCGCUGCGGGGAUCGAGAUGUUGAGGGUCCUCAAUGACAACUGGAUCGAGACAGAAGGCGAUGUGGGCGUAGUGAAUUGGACCAACGAAGAAGGCGCCAGGUUUCCGGUGAGCAUGAUGGGAAGCUCGGUCUGGUCCGGUCGUGUCGGCCUGGAGAAGGCCUGGGGCGUACGCAGCGUCAGUCCUGGACUGCCUCAGGCCACGGCCGGGGACGAGUUGAGGAGAAUUGGAUAUCUGGGAGAUGUCCCUUGUUACCGUGAUGGGAAGCCAGGCACGCCUUUAGGUGCACACUUUGAACUACAUAUCGAACAAGGACCGAAGCUCGAAAGGGCGAAGCAAAAGAUAGGGGUCGUCGAGGGUGUCCAAGCUUACAAGUGGUUCACCGUCACAAUAACAGGGAGGGAAUCGCAUUCCGGGACCACGGACUUCGAGAACCGCGCCGAUGCUCUCUAUUUUGCAGCGACAUUUCUUCACAAGGUCCGCAAGAUCGCCGAAAGCUUGAAGGGGCUCGCAACCGUGGGCAUCAUGAACGUCUCUCCGGGGAGCAUCAACACCGUUCCCGGUCAGGUUGAGAUGAGCUUGGACCUGAGAAAUCCUCUUGAUAGGGGCUUGAAGAGGAUGGUCAAGAAGGUCGAGGACUUCAUUCAGUUGGUCAACGAGGGUGACCACACAGACUCAGAGAAGGUCUCCAGGCUAAAGGACAAUCCGCUCACGAAGAUCCGUGUGGAGAUGAAGGAAGACUUUUCGAGCGACGCCAUCACCUUCAAUCCCGAGGCUAUCCAGUGUAUCGAAGAGAGCGCGCUGGCUGUCUUGGGAGGCGAUACGACGAAGCUCCAGAGGAUGCUGAGCGGUGCAGGGCACGACAGCGUGUGUACCAACGUGCACUGUCCUACAGGAAUGAUCUUUGUCCCUUGCAAAGAUGGGGUUUCGCACAAUCCGAGCGAGUGGUGCAAGGAGGAGGAUUGUGCUGUAGGGGCGAAUGUGCUUCUGCAUUCGGUGUUGAGGAUGGAUCGGCUGAGAAAGGAGAGAGGAGACUUCGACUGA